CAAUCGCCGAACGAAGCGUCACUUCCUCUCGUGCGAUGCCAACCUCUAAGCUAACUCUCUUCGUUCCGUUCUCUCACACAUACCUCGCUUAUCUGUUAACCUAAGCCCUGUCUUCCGGCUUUUCGCGAGGGCCAUCGUUUUCUGCGGGACCAACCUCCUGAGUACUCGGGCCCCGGUCUGUCUGUAUGUAUGUAUGCACCGGAGUUAAGCUUGUCUUGGCAUGUGGUUUGCUUCCUCUCCUAGUGUACAUACAAUCGCCGGGAACUUGCCGAGUCGAUCAAUAUGUGCCAGUUCGGCACACCUCGGCAAGACACCGAUGUAUAUACAGUAGGCGCGCAGAUGCUCAGCCGGGGCCGAGCCGGCCGAGGCCCGAAGACCCGGGGCAAUCCCGUCGUUCGCGGUGGGAGUCUAGCUCGACAUCAGAGUAACUUGAUCCAGCAGCAGCUCACAAAACCAGGACACA